AUGUCUUCCACUUUCGCAGACCCUUUCUUCCACCCCGCCCUGGUUGCCCGUGACAGCUUGACGGAGUGUGUAAAAUGUCCCGCCACCGCCCCUACUUGCCCGUCCUGUCCAAGUGGCACCAAAUGCAACAUGGUCAGCCAGUCUUGCAAUCAGUGUGCAACUAUGGAAUGUAUCUCGGAUGGUUCGAGCGGUUCGAGUCAACAGAACAACUCGGGUGGUGGAAGUAAUGCAGGAGCUAUCGCUGGUGGUGUUGUUGGAGGCGUCGCAUGCAUUGCACUUGUGACGUUUUUGAUUUGGUGGUUCUUUAUUCGCAAAAAGCGCAAGGCGUUGGACCAAGAACGAUCCGAGAAAGCCAGCUCGUUUGCCGAAGCCCGGGAUGCGAGGAAAUCAACCCAUUCGAUUGCUUCUACCGUUCUGACUCGUGCAUCAAAUGUCAUCCAAAUCGCCUAUAUUCCUGGAGUAACGAACCGGUCCCCCCCGGAAACUCCAGGGGCCCUUGUGCCCCCCGUUCCUCCACUUCCUGGCGCCUCGCCCGACCAACAUUUCUUCAUGCCUGGGGAUCUGCGCGACUCAUCUUGGUCGGAUGUCGCCCCCAGUCUGCGGAGCAGUGUGGCAACCACCAUCUACCGGAACAACGCUAUCGUCAGCCCCAUGCCAGCUCAACAGAUUAUGCGCACCCGUGCCGCCGUGGUCAGCAUCCACAACGGAGGCAAUGGCCAGCCAGCGUCUCAGUCAUCUUUGGCUCCAGAUGCUCCAGCUGUCCCGGUUAUCACGCAGGCACAGCUUACCAAGGCAGGUAUUACCGAUGCAAACAGCAAGAGCUCCAUCGUCGCUCGCACUGUCACUGCGAAACCAGUUAUGGUGAAGGGCUCCGGGAAGAAGAACAAUGCACCAGCCGUGCAAACAAUCCAAGAGCAGGUGGAGCCUGUGUCUGGAGAGGCUCCUUCGCGUCAAAAAUCCCCUCUUCAGAACACUACCUCGGCCUUCGAUGCCAGCUCAUCCGACGAAGAGGAAGCAGCCGUGGCUUCGACCUCGAACAAGCGCAAUUCCACCCUCACCGAUAAGCGUAGCUCUGCUAUUCAAUCACAAGCCCCAACCGUGAUUGAAGAUUCACCAGCCGUUGACCAGAGUCCCUUCAAGGACCAGACACCCACCGAUACAAUCCCACGGAAUUCAUCAUUCCUCGAGGCCCACGAAGGGUCCACUAGGUCGAACCGAAACAGCCGAACUCCCCCUCCCCGAGUCGAAAGCCCCUUCUCCGAUGCGAAUGAGGUGAAAUAA